GGCUCGGAAGUCAGAUGUGCUCCGGACGGUCAGUCCAUUUCUAUGUGUGAACUCCUCCCAAGAUAUCCAAAUUUAGAAUGAAUUCGAAGUUCCUUUGGACUAUUACAUUUGGUCACCAUCCAGCAAACCCAGAAUUGUUCCGCCUGCCUUAUCUGUGACGUUUUGGAGUAUCUCGCAAUGAUAUCGGACAAUUAAAGCAUUCUUCAAUCAUCUGCCCUCUAACGCUCUGCGGCACUUCAUAUAGUGACGGAGCACUGGCGACUAUCAUUUGCAAUUAAGAUAUGCAAAGGGAAAGGAUAUUGUCAACUGUUUCAUUGAAAUUUGCAUACAUACAAUCUGGAAAGGGUGAAUCUAAAGGUCUCUUCCAACAGAUGUAAUUACGAGGAGUGAUUAAUCUUUGUGAGGAGAUUCUAACUCUGUUUUCAUCGUAGUGCCAAAACUUUGAAAUUCUUUAGUAUUUGAUAAAAGGCCUUUAAUACAAAUAGCAUGGCGAUGUUGAGAGUUUUUCUUCACAGCUUCCUUUCGUUGUUUGCUGUUGUGGUUUGGUCGAGUGCAGGAGUUCCUAGUGAACUCUCCGACUGCAGGAAGUCGUGUUUGUGUGAAGGAACGAAAGUCAUCUGUGAGAGCGCCGCCCUGCAGAAGGUGCCGGAAUUCCUUCCUCGAAAUUUAACUUCACUAUCGUUCAUUGGUACAGGGAUCACCAUACUAAACAAGAAUGCCUUUAGGAGCUAUCCAGAUGUUCGCUUUCUAAGUUUUACAGACCGUGACAUUCCUUGUCGGUUACAAAAUAUCGAACCAGGGGCGUUUUCUGGAAUGGAUCAUCUGAAAGGGAUAACAAUCGGUGGAUGUGAAAAACUGCGGAAGAUUGGUCGAGGUGUUUUUACCCAAUUUCAAUCUUUGAAAACAAUAGACAUGUUCAGGAACGGUAUCGCCUCGAUUCCCGAUUUCAGCGCAUUCUCAACACGUCAUGGUUCAGGGUGGAUGGACCGCAUAGUGAUAAGGGAAAACAACCACAUCACAGAAAUUCGCCAGAACAGUUUUUCCGGAGUGAAGACGCUGGAACUGAGAAUUAAAGGAAGCAAGCUCGGAAGUAUUCGUAAUGGCGCUUUCCAACAUGCUAACAUUUAUAAAUUAGAUCUUCUAGACAACAUACAACUCUCAAAUCUGGAAAAUAAUGCUUUUACUGGUAUCAGGGGACUAAAACAUUUGGAUUUAUCUAACACUGCAAUCACGAGACUACCAACCAGUGGUCUGACAAAUAUCGAAACACUGGUCAUUCGAGAAACAAAAACCCUUCGAACAUUCCCAGCAGUUGUACGAUUUAAUAAUCUGACACGAGCAGUGUUAACGUAUCCACAUCACUGUUGUGCAUUCAAAAAUCCCGAGAAACAAUACCCAACGGAAUGGGAGGACUUCCGAAGGCGUGUGGAGAAAGAGUGUGCCAGAACGACCACCAGUACCGUCCACACAGACACUUCAACAACUCCUAAUCCCUUUGGAACGUUCAACAGACAAAGGAAGACGGAUAAAAGAUCAAAACGAGGCUUUCUCCUUGAUGAUUUGACCAAUCAAAACAUUCCGUACGUCUUGCAAAAUGUGUCUGUUCACAAAUGGGCACCAGGUUUCGGGGAUGGCAGCAUGGGUAACGGAUUUGGAAAUAUUGUGAACACGUCAAAUAUCGACGAAAACACAAUAGACAGACCAACACAGGGAGGGAGCUUUGUAACGUUCACAAUUCCUACUAAUUCUACGGGGUAUCAGUCACAGGUAUUAUGUGGAGAAGUUGUCUUCAGGCACCGAAAAGUAGAAUGCACCCCGGUGCCGGAUGCUUUCAAUCCUUGCGAGGACGUCAUGGGUUCCGAAUGGCUCAGAAUAUUCGUCUGGUUAGUGGUUUGGGCAACACUCAUUGGCAACAUUAUUGUGCUUGUUGUGUUACUAUCCAAUCAUAAGAAAAUGACUGUCACGAAAUUCCUAAUGUGCAAUUUAGCAUUUGCAGACUUCUUAAUGGGCGUGUAUUUAUUGCUUUUGGCGGCCAUUGAUAUCCAUACCUUGGGCGAAUACUUCAAUUUUGCAAUAGCGUGGCAAAACGAAGGUGGAUGUCAAGCAGCAGGAUUCUUAACUGUAUUUUCAUCCGAGCUGUCCAUCUUCACGCUUACAGUGAUAACACUAGAGCGUUGGUACGCUAUCAGUCAUGCUAUACACCUAACAAAACGGUUAAAGCUUAGACAGUCGUGUAUCGUAAUGGCUGCUGGAUGGCUGUAUGCAGUUCUUAUGGCUGUCUUACCAUUGGUUGGCAUCAAUGGUUAUGGUAACGUCAGCGUCUGUUUACCCAUGGACAUCACCAAAACGGGUGACGUUGUGUACGUUAUAGCUUUACUGGUAUUGAAUGGUUUGGCUUUCGUCGUUAUUUGCAUGUGCUACACCAAUAUGUAUUGUCGAGUGCGUGGUAACAACUCUACUAUGCAGAGUUCUGAUACAAGAAUUGCGAAGAGGAUGGCAACACUUAUUUUUACGAAUUUCAUUUGUUGGGCACCUAUCGCCUUUUUCGGAAUAACAGCAGCGGCAGGUUGGCCACUUAUAGAUGUGUCAAAUUCAAAAAUUCUUCUCGUUUUCUUCUAUCCUUUAAAUUCGUGUGCAAAUCCAUACUUGUAUGUCAUUAUCACCAAGCAAUUCCGAAAAGAUACCAUUUUGUUACUUGGGAAGUACGGGAUCUGUACAGAAAGAGCUAAUAAAUGUAAAGGAACAGUGACCAAUUCUAGAACACUAACGCACUCUAGAAAGAACAGCCUAGCUGUUCAUUCCGUGAUUCACCCAACUAAUAACACUGUGGCACAUACUAAUGACGAUAACCUAAAGGAAAAUGGUGUCACUCCGGAGCAAGACAAUCACGAAUUGAGCGUCAUUCAACACAAUUCACCGCUCAAGGAUAGAAAUGUGAGAAUGCUUUGGAAAAUACAACGUUCUUUCUCUAAUUCUAUUUCCAGUGAAAAUCAAACUGAGCGAAAAUUAGACUCUACACAGUUUUACGAUUUGUACAAUAACGCUUCACUUUUACCAGAGGAAAAUGAUUCUCUUGCGAGUGCAGCGAUAGGAUUUCAGAAUAACUCGUGUUCACAAGAAUCUGAUUCUGACUUUCUCCGCGAAAGUGACCACCAGAAUAAUCCGGAAACAAGCACAUGUAGUAACUCUAAUUUACAUUCCCAAGAAUUCUUGAAUGAUUCAUGUGGUCCAGAACGUGUGUCAUCCAUCUGCGAUUUCCAGGAUGGGCGCUCUAGCGAUGAUGUAUCCAUAGAAACGUCGAAGUAUUUAGACUGCUAUAAAACUCUUGUAGCUGGAAAUUCUUCCAAUGCUUUGAAACUGGAGGAACACUUUCCUCGUAAAUCCUCGAUUGCUAGUACAGCUAGUCAGUACGAAGAAAGCAGUAUACUGUGCAAUGGAAUGGAAAAUAGGUAGUUAGCACAGAAAACUUGAACACACACCCCGAACAAAUUACUUUUUGACCUAAAGAUAUUUCGCAGUUUCAGCAUCUCGUGUAUAUUCUGUGGAAAUGAUAAUUCAGAGGAUACUGUAUACAAAUGGGAAUGUUUGUGCCGUGUUGUUUUUGCUCAGGUGUAAACAUAUUUUUCCCGUUUCAAGUUAACCCAAAUCUGUUUUUUGCUACUUCGGAACAAUGAAAGCAUUUAGCGUCAUCCAUAACUGUAUUCUCCCAAAUAGGAUGAUGACAAAAAUAAACCGUGGCUAAUUUCAUAUACUAGUAUAUGCACAUAGGUAUCUUCACAAGAUCCAAUCACUACGUUGCUAAUGACUGAAUGAUUACUAUAUUUUCAUUAUAUGUAUAUAGAUAUUGCGUUUCUUUUAACAUAAUUUAUGUACUGAAUAUUUUGAAUAAAUUCAAUACUGAUG